AUGACUGGGAACCGUCGAGCGGCUCCGGCAGCACCGGGCACCCCCGCUAUCCCAACCCACUUGCCAAAUGCAACAAUCACCCCAGGCCAAAAACAUUCUGAAGGCCACAGUCCCAACAAGUUCAUGAGUGAACUGCACAGCGUCCACAUGCCAUCAUCGGCUGUUGCUGCCCUCUGCAUCGUAAGUUUGUGCGUGGUGUUGUCGUGUGCUGUGUGUGUGUGGAAGAAGUGCUUGAAAAAGAAGGACAAGGACAAAGAAAAUGACAAGAAAAAGGGAAAAGAGAAGAGCAACGGAGGCUUUGACACUGAAAUGGAUGGAGGUUACAGCGAGCCGCUGAAAGAUGCAGGUAACAAAGAAACGGAGCUGUCAGACGAUGAGCCCAAGGAGGAGGAGAAGCUGGGCAGGCUUCAUUUCACAUUAGACUACAACUUCACAGAUAACACGCUGAUAGUCGGCAUCUUGCAGGCUGCUGAACUUCCUGCGAUGGAUGUGGGCGGUAGUUCUGACCCUUAUGUUAAACUCUAUCUGCUCCCGGACAAAAAGAAAAAGUUUGAAACCAAAGUGCAUAGGAAGACCCUUGAACCGAACUUCAAUGAGACGUUCACAUUCAAGGUGCCAUACACUGAGCUUGGCGGGAAAACACUUAUGAUGACUGUGUACGACUUUGACCGUUUCUCAAAACACGAUGCCAUCGGAGCGGUGAAGAUACUGAUGAGCAGUGUGGACUUCAGCCAGUCUCUGCAGGAGUGGAGGGAUCUGCACAAGGCAGAGAAGGAGGAGAGUGAGCGGCUGGGAGACAUAUGUUUGUCCUUGAGGUAUGUGCCUACUGCAGGGAAGCUGACAGUGGUGAUUCUGGAGGCCAAAAACCUGAAGAAAAUGGAUGUGGGUGGAUUAUCAGACCCUUAUGCGAAGAUCCACUUAAUGCAGAAUGGGAAAAGACUCAAGAAAAAGAAAACAUCGACAAAGAAGAACACUUUGAACCCUUACUACAACGAGUCUUUCAGCUUUGAAGUGGCAUUUGAACAGAUAGAGAAGGUGCAAAUAGCGGUGACUGUGUUGGACUAUGAUAAGAUUGGGAAGAAUGAUGCCAUCGGGAAGGUGCUGCUGGGCAGUACCAGCCCUGGGACUGAGCAGCGCCAUUGGGAAGACAUGCUGGCAAACCCUCGGAGGCCAAUAGCCCAAUGGCAUAGCCUCAAACCAGAGGAAGAAAUCAACGCGCUACUUUCAAACAAGAAAUGAAAACCUUGAUCUCAGUGUGCUAUGACCUUUCAGUCUUUACUUCAAUUACUUCCAAUUUGUGUUCGUACCUCUCCUAAUUCCAUUAAAAAACCUUUAAGCUACUUAACUAAGUAAAUCUACCCAAUAAUACCGUUUUACCCUUGACACUAUCCAAGUCAUUCUUAUGGACUUCAAGCCUUCUUCCUUAAGUAAUUCCCUCCUGCUUAUACCUUAACUGCUACAAAGAGUUUUAAACAAAGAUGUAUCACUAUGUACAUUGCUAUUAAACAA